AUGCUGACAUACAAUCCAGGUUACGAGACUCAUAUUCCAAACGUCGACGAUUAUGACUUGGUUAGCCACCACAAAUCGUGGUCCAAGAUUAUGGCCAUGCGUCACGCGUUGACCAAAUACCCCGAUUGCAAGUUCAUCUGGUAUCUAGACCAGGAUGCGUACAUCAUGGACCCGACCAAGUCUCUGACAAGCGACUUACUGGACAGCAAGACCCUUGGAGGCCUGAUGAUCAAGGACUAUCCUAUUGUGCCACCCGACAGCAUAAUCAAGUCGUUCGCUCAUCUCAAGAGCGAUGACGCUCGUUUGGUUGUGAGCCAGGACAGGGAUGGCUUAGUAUCAAACAGCAUUUUCCUCCGAAAUGGCGACUGGGCCAAGUUCUUGACCGAGACCUGGCUGGAUCCCCUCUAUAGAUCGUAUAAUUUCCAAAAGGCCGAGAGGCACGCACUGGAACAUAUGGUUCAGUGGCACCCGACGAUUCUAUCCAAGAUUGCUCUUAUCCCACAACGACUCAUUGCAUCAUAUACACGAGCCAAUCUCGGCGCUGAAUAUCGGGAAGGCGACUUCGUCGUCAUGUUCUACGGGUGUACGGUAGACGGCGAGCGAAGUUGCGACAGUGAAUCACAGUUGUACAGGCAGAAGUGGCAAACGGCAUUCCAGGCAUCAUGA